AAGAUAAUAACCAAAUACAAAUUAAUCUAACACAGUACUGCAACCAAACUCAAGAUCUAGAUCUAAACUGGCCAAAACCAUCUUCCAAACAGUUCUCACUAAUGGGGGAAAGACACAGAGAUCACAAAGCUCACUGUUUAGUCUUCCCCUAUCCUACCCAACAAGGCCACAUUAAUCCCAUGCUCCAAUUCUCCAAGUUUUUACAUCACAAAGAAGUCAAAAUCACACUAGUCACAACCCUUUUCGCCUACAACACAAUACUGCACAAAUCAUCAGGAUUAUUUGGUAGCUACUUUUCCCUGGAGACCAUUUCAGAUGGUUACGACCAAGGCGACGUCAAAGAGGCUGAAAGUGUAGAGGCCUACUUAGAUAGAUUUAAGCAAGUCGGUUCGCGAACUCUGGCCAAACUCCUUGAGAAGCUUUCAAGAUUAAGCUGCCCAGUUGACUGUUUUGUUUAUGAUGCUUUCAUUCCUUGGCCUUUAUAUGUUGCCAAAAAGUUUAGAAUAGUUGGAGCUGUUUUCUUUACUCAAUCUUGUGUUGUUGACAAUAUUCACUACCAUGGCUACAAGGGCUUGCUCAAGCUCCCUCUUACUAAAUAUGAUCAGUCUAAGAUUUUGGUUCCAGGAUUGCCACCACUUGAACCUUGGGAUCUGUCGUCCACAUUAUAUGAUUUUGGGUCUUACCUAGCUGUCUAUGACAUAGUUGUGGAUCAGUUCUCCAAUGUUAACAAAGCUGAUUUUAUGAGUUGGAAGAACAUGUGGUGGAUUGGAUGGCCAAGUCUUUACCAUUGAUAACCAUUGGACCAAUCAUACCAUCUUACUACUUGGACAAGUGACUUGAAAACGACAGAGAAUAUGGUGUCAACCUGUUCAAGCCCAACAACGAUGCAUGCAUGAAAUGGCUAGAACAACAGCCAAAAGGGUCUGUCACAUACGUGGCAUUCGGUAGUGUAGCACAAUUCGAAGCUGAGCAAAUGAAGGAAUUGGCUUGGGGUUUGAGGAUGAGCAAAUGCAAAUUCUUAUGGGUGGUUAGGGAAGCAGAAGCAGCCAAGCUCCCAAAAUGAUUUGCAGAUGAGACGUCUGAGAAGGGUUUGGUGGUUACAUGGUGCCCACAACUAGAGGUUUUAGCUCAUGAAUAUGUCAGAUGCUUCGUUAUGCAUUGUGGUUGGAACUCGAUGUUGGAGGCUUUGAUUUUGGGGGUUCCGAUGGUGGCGCUACCGCAAUGGACUGAUCAAAGCACAAAUGCCAAGUACAUUAUGGAUGUGUGGAAAGUGGGGAUUAAGGUCGUGGCUGAUGAGAAGGGGGUGGUGAGGCAAAAGGUGGUAGAGCAUUGUAUAAUCGAAAUAAUCGGGGGAGAGAGAAAGGAAGAAAUAAAGAGGAAAUCGCUCGAGUGGAAAGAAUUGGCUAGAAAGGCAGUGGAUGAAGUUGGAAGUUCUAGCAGAAACAUUGAUGAGUUUACUGAAAAUGUGGUUCAACAAAAGACAAUUAGGGUUUAGGUGACAUGUAACACCAGGUUUUCUAAGAAAGCUUAAUUUGGUUCA